AUGGUACACCUAAACAAAACAACAUCAACACCCAACGGUGUCUCACGAGGCGCGUCGCCAUCCCGAAAUGGCACAAAGGUCUCCGCAUCCAGGAAAGAACGUAAAACACAUGACAAAUCGGCACAUAGGUCCCUGUUCUCCAAAACAGCUGCUAUGCUUUUUGUUGUUGCUUGCAUCUUCUUAACGCAUCCAGAUAAAUUCGACAGACACUCAGAGCCUUUGGCCAAAUUACGCGUACAUAACAGAGUUGCCCGCAGUUUAGCAAAAAUUAAAGCAAUUGCAUCAGAAGAUGAGCUUGAAUUAGAUCCGAUGGCAUUCGAACACUAUAACGAUGAUGAAGAAACCUAUGAAGGUGCCUACAACGAUGUCGACGAACCUUAUGAAGAAGCCUAUGCAUUUUCCCCGAAACGAAUAUAUUCGGACGGACAAUGGGAGGAUGAGGAAGAUGGAACUAUACUAAAAGCAUGGAAAAUGGUGGAGUACCAGGUACCACAACAAGUGCAUUAUUAUGGAAAGUGGAAAAUACAACAUGAUGCACGGGAAGAAGAAGUCGAUAGCAACGACACAUUAUCUUCCGAUGUAGCAGUCUCCGCUUCAGUUGAAAACUCUAGCACAUCGCUUUCGAAGGUUGAUGCACAAGGGUCAUUGUCGCCAUCCCUACAAAAUAAAGGACAAAGUGCAAAAACGAAACAGGCGCCGAAAGGAUCUUCGGGUACAGGAACCAUCGCAAGCACAAAGCAUGGCAAGCAGAAUAAGGCAGUUAACAUCAAAACCGGAAGAGGCUUUAGCGAAGGCGAAAGCGCCGAAGAAGGUUUUGAACGACCAAAAUUUCAUCGGAGGCAGAUGAGAAACCUGAGGUACUCCGGAAAAAUCAGAGAUGCCCCAGAAAACCGAAAGCACCUAACAAACCAUAAGUAA